AUGGCGUUACCAUUUCUGCCAGGAAAUUCUCCCAACACACGACUGGGGAAAGAGAGAUUCCACAAAUCUCAACAUUUCGACUAUUCCAACGGAGUCCCUAUGCUGGUCAGUUCUGAGAAGCCGGGCAUCGGAGGAGAGCUUCUAGUGGGCCAGAAGAAAAAAACCAAACAUUCUGUGUAUCCCAAAGUACAGGGCAGUGGUUUGCCUUUAUGGGUAACCUUUGACAAAAAGGCUCUGUGUUUUGAAGCUUACUUUCAGGAGACUGUGUCUGAGGCACAAAACGAGUCUUACAGAAUCAGGAAGUGCAAAAUCUACUUCUACCUGGAAGAUGACACCAUACAAGUGGUGGAGCCGGAAUUCAAAAACUGUGGCAUCCCUCAAGGAACUCUCAUUCGUCGCCACCGGAUCCCACUGCCUCCCCCAAACGACGACCAGUUCUACAACAUUUACCAUUUUAACAUCAACCAACAGAUGGUGCUGUACUCUCGCACAUUCAUUGUGACUAACUGUGACUCUUUCACAAGGAACUUUCUAACAAAACUCGGGGUGAUCUUAAAUGAGCCCGUUAGUGUACCUGAGGACCCCUACGGCAGCCUCCGGGAGCAGCUUGAGAAAAGUAUGAAACCACUUCGGCCCUACGAGAGACGUGACACACUGAAGCAGUUCCUGGAUCAUGACGGCAAAGUCCUGCGCUUCUACUGCUUCUGGGAUGACACAGAGAACAGCUUCGGGGACCUUCAUGAGCUCGUACUGCACUACUUCCUGGCUGACGACACCAUCGAGAUCCAGGAGGUGAUCGACUCAAACUCCGGGAGAGAUGCUGUGCCCAAAUUCUUACGUCGCAGCAAACUACCGAAGCGUUGUCCGGCCCAAAUGAAGCAGCCUGGAGAGAUCACAGAGCGCACAGUUCUCAAUGUGUUUGCUUCCAAGAAUCAGGGAGAACGCUACAUGCUGGACAGCCUCAAAACUGGAGCUAACCAUGAGGAGUUCUAUAAGGACUGUGACCUGGUUAUCGGAGGGGAGAUAAAUGUGUGGGGCAGGAUAGUGACCAUCACCGACUGUGAUGACUUCACCAAAGACUACUAUCGCUCCAAAUACGACAUUGAGGACUUCACCCCACUGCAGUACAAAGCUCCCCCAGCCCAGAAGCCCUCGAGGCUCAUGCCCCCCUACAAUGGCUUUGGCUCAGAGGAGGACUCACUGAGCUCCUGCCAGGGCCUGCUGCCCAAGCCCCCACGGAAAGAUUUCCACAAAUUUAUGGAGAAGGACAGACGUGGCAUAGAGAGUAAUGUGCUGAAUUUCCGUGCCAAGAUGGUGACCAGUGAUGCAGUUGACAGAGAGCGGGUGUUCAUCAUCUCCUUCUACCUGUGCGAUGACUCCAUCAGUGUGUUUGAACCUCCACAGAGGAACUCAGGUGUACUGGGUGGAAAGUUUCUGGAGCGUGGUCGAGUGAAGAAGCCUGGCCAGGAGCUGUUUAAGAAGGAGCUGUCUGAAUACUUCAUAGCUCAGGACCUGUACAUCGGAGCUACUCUCUGCAUCAACAGUAAAAACUUCCAGCUUCUGUCUACUGAUGAGUACACCUUCAACUACAUGGAGAAACAUGCUGAAGAGUUUCCCAAAGCCAACAUAGGCAGAAUCCUCAGUAAGCUACGGUCUGUCACGGAGGAGAAGCAGAGUGAGAUCAGGAAGUUUCUGGCUCUCAGUGAUCCCACCAACACUGGCUUCAUCCCCUAUGAGUCAUUCAGGAACACGCUGAUGGAUCUGGACUGCAGUCUGUCAGAGCACGAGGUUCUGGUUCUGUGCCGACGUUUCUCCGAGCGCUCGCAGCCCGAGGUGGACGUGGGCCUGAUGCUGGCCGUGGCUCAGGACUUCCUCAAGAAGAAGCACUUUGAGGAGCUCCCUGACAUGACUGGAGCUUUUGCACACCAAGACCGACACAAAACUGGCCACCUCUCCACCAAAGACACAAGGACCAUUUGUAAAGCCUUCCAGCUCCCCCUGCCAGAGAACCUGCUCGGAGGUCUGCUCAGCAAGUUUGCAGAUGGAGAUGAGAUUGACUACUAUGCCUUCCUUGCUGGUAUUGACUGGAUAAAGAAUCCUGCUCCACCAGUAAUGCCCGAUGACAUCUUAAAGUUUCAUGUGAACGUGAGGUUUGAUGCCGACGAAGCUACGGUGAAAAAUGUGAACUACACCGCCCUUCUGCAGGACUUAUUCAGCGUUCCCUCCAACAACGCCGACCCAACAGCCGCCACCUCAACAUAG